UGGGAACAUAAAACUGUAUUUACUUUAGAAUCUUUUUAUGUAGUAAGUGAAAUGAAAGAGAAAUGGACAGACUGAACUUACAACGAUGAAACUAAAUUAUAGGACACAAGGAUGACUUGCAGUGUCAAGGUACUAGGCUCUUAGACAUGUUGUGUUUAGCCAUAUUCAUAUUACUACAAUCAUCACUGACAUACACAUCAGUGACGCAACCACAUGUUACAUACUUUUGGAAGACCACAGAAGAAUUCGAUAAAGUCUACGACUACUGGAACCAUGGACCAAUACAAAUCCCUGGUCUACAAAAUAUUUUUACAGUCACCACUAAAGCCUUGGAUAAGAUCCCGCCAUGGCUGACUAUAAGUACAGAAACACGAGGAUAUGCUACACCAGCAAGUGUAACUCCAUUUACUACUACUACUACAACAACAACAACAACAACAACAACUCCAGUAGAAUCAAGUGAUGAAUCAGAAACAAUUGAAGAGACUGUAAUAGAGACUGUAGAAAAGGAUAAGACUACAGCAGAAACUAAAACAAUAGCAACAACUAUAACAAUAACAACGCAACAUAAACCACCAACAAUCCAAAUAAGUGAAUCAGAAGAGGAUGAGACAACAGAUCCGUUUUCGGUAUUUUUGAGCAAACUAUUCAGAAGUUUGUCAGUUAAAAGCCUCCCUGAAUUGCCGGCGUUGGUUGGGCCGUUUGUCACCCAUCUCGAGGAAUUAGCAAAUGAUCAGCUAAAAUUUUACAUUCUCGGAGAUGUGAUCAUCCCAUUUAUAAAAAAGUUUGCACGGGAUAUAAGAAAUAUGAUAACGCCUAAUGACCCUGAGGUGCUGCAUGCAAAAGUUUACCAAGUGUACACCGCGCUAGCCAACCGCAGCACGGCGCUGGACGCCGACGUCCGCGGCCUGCUGGACACUUUAGACGACACGUUUGACGAGGCUGAAGAGGAGUUUAUGCAGAGUACUCUGCACGACGUUAAACUGUUCCCUAAUUCAAAUAAAACUGGCCAGGAGAUUGCUCAUGGUUUACUUGAUAAUAUUAUUUUAGCAGCUAUAAAGAGAAUAGCUGGAACCUCACAAAGUCAAACUCUGCUUCUAAUGGUAACUGACAUCAUAGAAAAAAGAAAGUCAGAUGUUAGGCGAAACCUUAAAAAAAUAUCUAGACACCUAAGAGUUUAUGACAAAGCAAGUAGUGAUAUAGGUGACGUAAACCGUCCAAUUCACAUAUUUAAUAUUUCGGCAUCAAAUAUUAGAAAUUACGGACACAGGAUAAAGAAAUCAGUAAACUGGAGUAACAAAAAUACUCAAACUGAUGCUAAUAUAAUGUACACGAAAGCGAGAUACCAAGAAGUAAAGAAUAAUUCAAAGUAUAUAGGUUAUCUUUUGGAUAAAGUUGAUAGAUCGUCAUCGGAAACCAACGAAUACGAAUUGAGUGUAGACAGUGAAAGUGAAGAUAAAGUUAAAAGUGCACCAGAACAGACAGAUAUGGUUCACUUUCGAGUAAACAAAGAAAGCGAGUCAUCAGAAUAUAGUGAUUCUGAAGAAUUACAUAAAAUGAGCAAUAAAAAAAGUCCUAAAUAUCAAGGAACACAAAAGGAUUCGUCAGGAAAUUUCAAACAUUCAAUUGAACGAAAUAGCUAUGACAGAGGCUAUGAUUUUGUGGGAUUGGAGGAAAGGAUUAAAUUUAAAGAGGACAAGAAUAAUAAAGAAACAAUCUUAGUUCCGCAAUGGUCAUUGACUAAACUUAUAAAAGGUCAAGUAGUCAAAUUCGACGAUUCCAUAAACACGAGUAGGUAUGUUACAUCUCGAACUACUUAUUUCAAAGAAAACAAGAAUAAAACCAUUACCAAGCCCAUGACACUAAGCCCGGGAGAAGGCAAGAUGAGUCGCUACAUUAAAAAUGCUAUUCCAAGAAAAAAUAAACUUACAACUAAAUCUUCCCAGUCACACCUAACAAAUACUUAUAAAAAAAUAAAUAUAAAAAUAAAGAAACCGUCCGUCCGUACUUAUCCGUCACGUAAUCAAUCUAAACUUGUCUCUGUGACUACCACUGAGAAAACUAAAAUAUUAAAUAAAAAAAGAAAGCCUGAUUAUCCAAAAGUUGACAAACACUUAGAGCCAACACAGUUAUACAAAGGCAAACCAGUAGCACAAACGAAACAUACAAAUAACACAAAACAACUUACAAACGGCAAAACUAAAACCUCAGGUGUGGAAAAAAGUGUAAAUAAAAUAGAAAAGGAUGACAGUGAUAAAGAAUUUAUAAGUGAUGGAGAAACACCGAAAGAAUCUAAAGACAGCAUUUCGGAUACGGAUAGUUCUGAAGAUACAGGGGAAGAGUUUCAAGAAAGUCAAGAAAAUAUAAAAGAGACAGUAAUAUCUCCUUUGCGACAAGAAAGAGCGAAGCAUCAAAAACAUUUAAGAAGCCAUCGUCAUAGACAUAAAAAACGCGGACAUAAACACAGUCAUAAACAAUCGCAUCAUAGUAAAAGAAAAUACGAAAGUCUUAAACGUAAAUAUAAAAGAUUAAAAGAUAUAUUGGCUGCACAGAAAGUAAAUUAUGAUCGUAGCAGGCAAUUAGAAAUUAAAAAGCAAAUUGAUAUAAAUGUGAAGAACGCAGAUAUGAAACUCAAACACCCGAAAAGCUUUGAUAUCAGUAAAAACCCGGCUGCAGAAAUAAAUGAUAGCUCAUUUAAAUUUAAAAUUGAAAUUACAACGCCAGCAGUGAAAGAAAAUCUUAGAUUUAAUCGAAUCAAUUUGUUCUUAGACGACUAUGAUACUAAAGACGAAAUUACUAAGGAAAGCUAUAUUAUCCGUAAUAAUGGGAAUUAUAGAAAAGCUUUUCCGCAAAAUACUAUAGUUGUAUUCGACGCGGAUGAUUCCAGUGACGCAGAAAAAGAAUUAAAGGAGAAUAUACACGAUACGAUUAGACAUAUGGAUUUUUAUAAUAACAAUGUGUCCAGAAGUUAUCACGAUGAUAAUACGUCUACAGUCCGCAUCUUAGAAUCACCGGAAACGGAUGUUGAGGCAGUAUUGAAGAGCAACAUCUAUAAAGCUGUGAAGAAAUUGUUGAAAAAGUGAAAUGAGCAGAAGAUAUUUUUGAAGUUGUACAGAAUGCUCAUAGCCCAAGACAGUUAAUUAAUAAACAUAUUUUUAUAGCAAUAAAUAAAUAGUUUUGCCGAUUGCCUGUACAAUUUAAGUAGGUCGCCAUGUCAUUUGCCUCAUUAAUAUACAUUGAAAAUACUAGAAAAUGUAGCAGAGUUCAAAAAGUAAGAGGUAAGGACUAAAAAUACUUAAAAAGAAUGAUACGCCUCCAGUGUCAGUGAUUUUGCACCCUAAUUAAGUUG